AAUUGGUGUUGGUGUAGAGAGUAGAGGCCAACCCCACGCCUCCUCCUAGUUAAGACCGUAGCUCGCCGGAGCUGGAUGGAUCCAACCGUGUCCACUCGUUUCGACAUAUUUGGGAUUUAUCGCCGAUACUGUGAUGUCAGGACAGUAAAUGGAUAUGGUCAUGGGGAUGAUUACAGAGGAAACAAUGAAUCACAGAUGACUAAAUAUUCAAGGGAGGCAUUAAUUCAGCUCUUAAAUCUGGUGCAGUUGAAACUACAUCCUAGGAUAUCAAUUUUUGAUGAAGUUUUCAAGCUAAUGUCACGGUUAGACUUGGUGGUAGACUUUUCUGAAUUCUCGCGCUUCUAUGAUUUUGUUUUCUUUAUGUGCCGUGAAAAUGGUCAGAAGAAUAUCACUGUAAAUAAGGCGAUUACUGCAUGGAGGUUAGUAUUAGCUGGGAGGUUUCGGUUGCUGAAUCAAUGGUGUGAUUUUGUUGAGAAAAAUCAGCGGCAUAACAUCUCUGAAGAUACCUGGAGGCAAGUUUUAGCUUUUAGCCGGUGUGUGCAUGAAAAUUUGGAAGGGUAUGAUCCUGAAGGAGCUUGGCCUGUUUUAAUAGAUGACUUUGUUGAACAUAUGUACAGGGUUUCAGGAUCUAAUGAAAAUUCUAACUUCAACUGUAACUGUGGUGAUUCAGAAUCCUGGUCAUGCACAUAUGAUGAUCCUCUUCCUGGCUUGAAGAUUUUACCUGGUUUGAAGAGGAAGUUACCUGGUGACCUUCAAAUUGACGAAAUGGAGUCCUCAGCCACCCUCUUCCCCACACAUCCUGCAGACUUGAAGCCUGCAUUAAGCAUUAAGAGAAGUCGACCGAUGUCUUACAUACCAGCAAACUGGGAGGACAAUACAACAGGAAGUACUGUAGAUGGCUGCAUGGAAAUCAUUAGACAUAGCAGUCCAUUGAAUUCUUCCAAAUCUCCAUGUGCGGUUGAAGGUUGCCUGUUGAAGGGAUUUGCAGGGCUGCUUUCAACACGUUCCUGUCUGCAGUUUGAUCGGGACAGGGGAGUUUCAUUUACAUAGGAAGUCACAAGUAUCAAAGUGUGUUUGAUGUGGAGAGAGAUAAGAUUUGACAUAUUUGGAUGCUUCAGAAAGCAAUUAGAGUUGUUUUCUGGGGAUGUCUGUCAUAUUGAUUUGUUGGCGAGUGUUAAUAGGCUUCUAUUGGGAUUUGAUAAAAUCAAUAAAAUUAAUUUGAAUUCCUGGUGUAUUGAGAUAAAUUGUCUGAA